GAUUCGACUGUGCAGCAUCUUGCAUGAUUCUAGUUUAUUAGACCCGAAUAUGACAGCAGCAUCUCCACAACCACUCAAGAUUGCUGUGGGUACGUGGGGACCAUGGGCCAUCGUGUCACGCAGGGAGGACGGUGCCAUCGUCGUGGAAGGGACCAUGAGACGGAUCUUGGAGAUGUUCACGCAGGCCAUGAACCUUGAUUACCAGUUAGUGCUGGCGCCGGAUGGCAAGUGGGGGAACCUAAACACAUCCGGCUACUGGUCUGGCCUGAUGGGUCUUAUCCAGAGAAAGGAGGUGGAGAUCGCCCUGGGCCCCUUCAUCGUGACGAGUGAGAGGGAGGAGCUGUGUGACUUCUCCCUGCCGUUGUAUAUCGAGAACAGCGCCAUCGUGUACCAGCGGCCGGCCCUAGAGAGUGAUAUCAUGGGGUUCCUCAAGCCGUUUUCUCUGACCGUGUGGGUUCUACUACUAUUGAGUGCCAUGAGCGUGGGUUUGGUACUGGUAUGGGCACUGUGGGUGGAAGGCAAGAUCUUCCCCUCCACAUUCACCCGGAACAAAGUGUCUAAGGCUGCUAUCUGUGUCUUCAAAUCCAUCACCCAAGAAAGCUCGUCGUGGGUGCCAGCUGGUAACGGGAGUCGUGGGGUCGUGGCCACUUGGUUCAUGGCGUCCCUCGUGUUCUUCACCUCCUACGGCAGCACCUUGACCUCCCUCCUCACCGUGCCCAGAGUCAACGUGCCUAUCGACUCCGUGGCUGACCUUGUGGCCCAGGACACUAUCCGCUGGGGUCUAGCACCGGGAUAUAUGUGGUAUCAGUAUUUUAGGGACUCAGAGGACGAUGUUCGGCGCCAAGUGUUUGAAAGGACAGCGCUAGUGCCUACCGGGUGUUACAGGUCCAGGUCACAGGUCAUCUACGGUGACCUAGCCCGCUUCUGUGACGUCACCACCAUCCUGAAGAUUAUGUCCUUGGAUUUCAGUAUGAACGGGAAGUGUCACCUAUAUAUGGCCAAGGAGACGGUACACUCAAACUUCCCCGUCUCUGUCGCCUUUCAGAAGAACUCACCUCACUUACCCAGGGCCAACAAGAUCUUGAUCCAACUACAGGAGUCUGGGAUCCUGGGUAAGUGGAGGUCAGAGCACAUCAACAACGCGACCCAGUGCCUUCGUCACCCCUCCAAGGACCGGCCCCCUGGUCUCUACCCUCUCACACUACACGAUCUCUCCGGGCCCUUCCUCCUGCUGGCUGUUGGGGUGAUGUCCGCUCUUGUCUGCUUCCUGGGAGAGACAUUGGGGUUCAGAUUCUGGCAAGACUGAAGACCUGUUGGAUGAAACGAUUUGAUGAUCACCACGGAAUUGGUUCUUUCUCUCCCUUUCUCUAAAUAACUUUAUAAUUGUCUUCGUUUCAUUGUUUGUGCUUCUGUCUCUCUCUAUUUUAGUCUUGCUUUGAGUUCGGUUGUGUUUCUCUUGGUGUCUCUCUGCACUUAUUUAUAGUACUUGGGUUCUCUGUUUGCCUCUAUACGUCUUCUUCUGUCAUUUACUUUUUCUAAUCUCUCUCUCUCUCUGUCUCCCUCAUCAGUUUUCUGUCUAUAGAUCUCUUAACUUUUUUCUCUUCCGUUCUCUCUCUCUCUCUCUCUCUCUCUCUCUCUCUGUCUUUUUAUCUAUUUAUCUAUGGAUCUUUUUAUCUCCAUUUAUCUCUCUCAUCAACGUCGUAUAUCACUGUACCUUAAUAAACCGCAAUAAAUGCAAAUUAUCA